AUGACGGCUGUUGUGGUUACUCAACAACUUGAACAAAAGACGAUGGCGUUCCGCACACAUUACUCCUCCAUAUUUUCCUUGGAGAUGACUGAAACUAUUCCCGGCACUGGAAACCAGGACCAAUCCUCAGCACCUUCGAGUGCAAAGUUCCAACAAGUUCUCGCCAAGGUAGGACCAUGGCCGCUCAAGAGAAGCCCCAGCUCACAAACAACCAUUGUUUCGAUUGAGGCCAGUUCAAAGGUCGGUUCGCUGGAGGGCAACCCGAAACUCUCCGAGGUUUUGACUGCUGUUGACAAGCAUUGCGAACAAAUCGAAGACGAAUGCAAGCGGACGGAAUUUGUUUUGGAAACUAUGGCUGUCCUAGAAGCGACAUCGCCUUUAAGGAAUUCAUCAUCGGAUGAAAUCAAAGUUGUGGCAUCUUCGUCAAGUCAAAAUACGAAAGAUCAAGUGCAAGGAGAUGCCACUGCAUUACUCGGAAGAGAUAUGGAACGACAGUCCACCAAGGCCGCACAUCCACUCGGCCCGUGCUGCCCGCAGUGCGAGGAAGCGCUGGAAAGAGCUCGCGAAUCAGCAACAGCCGCGCUCUUCUUUGUCGCCAUGGCAUUGGUCGUGAUCCUGACCAGCCCACCGCUGAUCGCAACUGUGUUUGCAAAGAGCGAACAACUCGCAAUGUUUAAUGUCCAAGGGGGUGCCGAUAAGACGAAGCAGCAAUGUUUGAAGCUAAUGUCCAUUCCGGUGGUCGCAAUGGCUGUCAUAUAUGAAAUUGUCGUGUGGAGUCUUGCCACGCAAGUCAUCAUUUUACCCCCAGGACAAUCGGCGACGGGACUGGAGACAGCCAUACUGCUGGUUGUCCUUUGUGUAUUUACCAUUAUUGCAUUCUUGGGUAGUCUCAGCGUAACAGUGGCUGUCAGGUUGUAUCCCAUCAUAUAA